AGCUUUUAACACUGCUUGACGCACAACCUUCAGUCACAACUUGACUCGUCAGUCUGGAUUUUCUGGUGGACUCUGUAUAAUCCAGUGCAAUACUCAGGAUGCAUUUGGAUAAGCAGCUGUGCAUAGUGGCUGCUGUCAUCAUUUGUGCCUCUGCCUCACAUUUCCUUGACCAAGAGUGGGACGCAUGGAAAUCCACAUACGAAAAGAAAUAUGUCACUGUACAUGAUGAGCAGUUUCGGAGGAAAGCUUGGGAGGAGACCUGGAAAAAGGUGCAGAAUCACAAUCAAUUGUUUGAACAAGGUCUCACUAAAUAUACGAUGGCCGUGAACCAGUUUGCUGAUAUGACAACAGAGGAACGUAACUCCAGGAAUUGUCUUUGCACAAAAAAACGUUUGCCGGUAAAAAAAAAUGUUCCGGUGCAGGUUUAUGCAAACAACGAUAACAUACCAGAAUCAGUUGAUUGGAGAGAUGCAAAAUGUGUCACAGAGGUUAAAAAUCAAGGACUGUGUGGAUCCUGCUGGGCAUUUGCAACGGUGGGAGUAGUUGAGUCACGUCUUUGCAUCAAGAGUAAGGAGCUAUAUGUGCUGAGCGAGCAGCAGCUUGUAGACUGUGAUGGUGGAGAUAAAGGCUGCUGUGGAGGAAUUCCAACAAAUGCUUUGGACUAUGUUGCACGUCAUGGUGUCAUGCUGGCCAAAGAUUAUGAGUACUCUGAAAAGCAAUUCAACUGUCUAUACAAACCAGAUGAUGCAAUCAAGUUUAAUGUGACCAAGUAUUACGCUUUGCCUGGGGAAGACAGUAUGGCAUCAUCUGUGGCACUUGAUGGACCAAUUGUAGUUGGAAUUGAUGCAAGUGAUCAGUUUCACUUGUACAAAAAUGGUGUUUUUACUGGUAAAUGUACUGAAAAUCCAAAUCAUGCAGUCAUUAUUGUGGGAUAUGGCACAGAGCACGAUGACAAGGAGAAUAAGGAUAUAGAUUACUGGAUCAUAAGAAACAGCUGGGGCAAGGGGUGGGGAGAUAAUGGUUAUAUAAAGAUGCAGCGGAACGAGAACCUGUGUGGUAUAACAUCGAUGGCAGCCUCCCUGGAUUUGGUACACUAGUUGCCUAGUGUCUUAUAUUACAGAAUCAAUUAAAGUCAAUGAAUGUGCUAAAACUCACAAUUUUAUAAAGAAAUUCCUUGUUACCACGGCUAUACUGUAUGUAUUUGUUUAUUUCUAUAGAUUUGUCAUUAAAGUUAUAUGACCUCCAUCAAUUGAUGGCUAUAUGUAUUGGUUGAAAAUCUGUUUCUAAUUAAAGAAAAUCAUAUAUAAGCAAA